CUGUCGCCGGUGCGCGGGGCCAGGAGCCCAGCGGCGGACAUGGCCUGGUAGAGGCCCCUGGGGGAGACGGUGCAGAGUUCGGUCCGGGACAGGGCAGGCCGAGGGGGAGGGAAGGUCCUUCCCGGUGCCGCGGGGCCCGAGGCAGCAUGAAAAAGAACCAGACGGUGCAGGGCACCUUCAGCAAACUCUUCGGCAAGAAGCACGCCAACCCCCCCAGCACCUCCCUCUACGCCACCAACCCCCCCUGGAUUUUCACCCAGGAGGCCCCGGAGGAGGGGAUCCGGGACUUCGGUGGGAUCCAUUAUGGAGACAAUCGGUUUGACUCUGUGAGUGAGUCAGGGACAGCGACACUGAAAGCUCGGCCAAGAGUUCGGCCCCUGCUGACCUUCCUCCCACUGAAUGCCCAGGAGAACCAUGGACUGGCUGUGCCCACCCCUUCUGUCCCAAGAGACUUCGCAGACAAAGAAGUGACAGGUACCAGCCCACUCGUCAACGGCAACCUCCGACUGUACAGCUCUGUGGGUGACCUGAGGCCGGGGCACUAUGGGCAGGACCCACUCAUCCCCCCACCUCCCCCAGGCCCAGCCCCGGGGCCACCCCCAGGCAUUGCGCAACCUCGAGAGGAGUCCCCCCCACCUCCACCUUCCAUGGCUCCCCCACCACCUCCCCUUCUGCUGGAACCCCCACCCCCACCCAGCACGGCCCCACCUCCCCCCCCAGUACUGGGGCCCCAGGCCCCCAUAUUCACCCUUUCCUCCCCGUCCACACCCACCCCUCCUGACUUCAUUCCUCCGGCCCCGCCCUUGGCCUCUCUAGCCCCACCUCCACCCCCUUUGUCGGCCCCAGCACCCCCAGCAUCUCCUCAUACAACGGUGACUCGCUUCUUUCCCCCUGGGGGCGUCACCAAGUGGAAAUCAGAGGUAGCGCUGAAUGGCAGGCAGCCAGACACCCCCAGAACCAGCCCCCCGCAGAGCCCAGCUGAGCCAAAGGGGAGCUUACUGAGGCCUAAGCCAGAGCCCCACCUCACUUUCCCCCGCUCAUUCAAGGUGCCUCCCCCAACCCCAGUCAGGACUUCAUCCAUCCCAGCUCAGGAAGCACAGGGGCCUCCUCCAGAGGAGGAAGAGACCACCAAGAAAGCCCCCAAUCGACUCCCACUGCCUCCCAGCUUCCACAUCCGUCCCGCUUCCCAGGUCUACCCAGACAGGGCGCCUGAGCCAGACUGCCCAGGGGGGCUCAGGGCUGCAGCCCCGGCCAGCCCUCGGCUGGGCCAGUCCCAGUCCCCGACUGAGGAACGUGCUGCAACGCCCCCACCAGCCCCUCCUCUUCCCACUCCUGCACCCCCACUCCCUCCCCCAGCACCGCCACUUCCCCCAGCUGCCCCUCCCUUGCCCCCUGCUGAGAAGGCAGCCCCUCCACCUUCUAGGUUGACGAAAAGCCCCAAAUCCAGCCCUCCGGCCCCCAAACCCAAACCUAACCCCCCCAGCCCGGAGGACACAGAGGCUUUGGAGCCCGUGGACUGGCGGGAUCCCAGCCAGAUGGAAAAGCUGCGGAGUGAGCUGGCAGCCUACCUCUGUGGCUCCAGGAGGGAGGACCGAUUUGUGGGUCACCGGGCUGGCCGGACAGCGGCUUCUCAGGAAAAGGAGGGCAAGAAGGGCCCCAGCCUGCCGGAGAAAGAGGCGCCCCCCAGCCUGCCAGAGAAGGAGGCGCCCCCCAGCCUGCCCGGGAAAGAGGCGCCCCCCAGCCUGCCAGAGAAGGAGGCGCCCCCCAGCCUGCCCGGGAAAGAGGCACCCCCCAGCCUGCCCGAGAAGGAGAUCCUCCCCAAUGUUCCCCAGAAGAGUCCCUCCAGUCUGCCGGCAGCGAAGGCUGCUGCCACCAGCCUGACCCUCCCCCCUGUGGACUAUGUCCCCCAAGACGCCCCAGCUCCCAGUGUCCGGCAGAUCCGGAGUGAGCUGGAGGCCCGCCUCUCCUCAACAGCAGAGAAGGACGCCAAGCCCAGCAUAGGGUCUCUGCCACCCAAACCUCGGCUAGAAGCGGGAAGACUCUUUGAACAUAGGGCUGAUAAUGGCAAAUUCUCUAAGCCUGUGGCCAAGAAUCUGCCGCCUCCAUCCGCCACCCCUCUGCCAACCACACCACUUCAGUUCAAAGCUACGUCUGUGCCGGCUACACCACCUAAGCCCACACCUGGACCGGCCACACCACCCAAGGUCACACCAGAGCCAGCCACACCACCCAAGGUCAUGCCUGCACCAGCCAUGCCACCCAAGGUCACGCUGGGGCCAGCCACACUAUCUGCAGCCACGACUGUACCCACCACAUCAUCCGAGCUGACAGAGAAAAACCUGGUCCCUGCUGGGCAGUGGGAGAAGCCAAAACCCCAAGAACUUACAGUGCCCCCGCAGACAGAGGCAGAAGGGCACCCCUCAGAGGCCAGCAAGCCUCCUACACUGGGAGCCCUCUCAUCUCCAGCCCUUCCACCAAAGAGAUCCCCUGGCGGCGAAGAGGUGGCAUUUCCCUACAAGCCCCACCGCAGCCAGAAAAGCUCUGGGCAAGAGGCUGCUGUGGCAAUGGCCCCGCUGGCCACGGGUUCGGCUGGAGGGUCAGGGGAACCCGUGGAGGUGAAGGAGCCCCAGGGGCUGCCAGCCAAACCCCCAACCUCAGCCCCGCCUGCUGAGGAACUGCUCAGGCACCCGGUGACCGGGGAGGUGGUGCAGCCAGGCUCCCCGAUGGCUCUGCUCCUUGCGGCCAGGCAAAGGGCACAGAAGGGGAGGCCAGGAGGGGCCGCCCUGGGCCGGUCCUCCCUGCCAGGAAGUCUCCGAGGCCAUGGCAGCCAGUCCCCAACAGGCUCUGACAGCAUCUUCCACAAGGAGGGCCGGCCCAACUCCUUCACUGUGGUCCCCAAGUCACCCAAGGAGGCCGAGAAGGACCCCCAGCCAGCCUCCUCAGCACAGCCUACGGUACCCAGUCAGUGGCAGCCCCAGCCCCCAGGAAACCCAGAGGGCAUUGAGCCAAACCACAGACACAACGGGACAAAGGCGGAGGGAAAGCCGGCAUCCUCCAUCCUCCCCCAGGGCCGCCUCCUGCCCAAAUCCUUCUCUACCCCUCCUUCUCCUUCAUGCAAGAGGGAGGAAGAGGACGACGAUGGGGAGUUCCACUUUGAGGUCAUCCCCCCGCCGCCAGAGUUCAGCAACGACCCAGAGCCCCCCGCCCCGGCCCUCCAGUAUCUGGGUCGCCGGGGAUCGCCUCCCCGGAACAACUUCUUAGACUUGGGGCAGGCCUUGGCGCCUCAGGGCUUCUCGCGCUUUCCAGCCGGGGCGCACCACGCCGGGGCCGGGGCCGGGAGCCUGCAACGCUUCUCCGGAGGGGGCCGGUCGCUCAUCAAGAAGCGCCUGUAUGUCGGGGAGCCCCAGCGCAACCCCGGGCAGCCCCGCGGCGGCACUGGCCGCAGCCUGAGCUCCCCCAACUGCUUUGGGCCGCUGCCGGGGGGCCCGGAAAUGCGGCGCGUCAACUCGGCGGGCCGCGCGCCCCCUGGCGGCCUGCACGCGCGGAGGCUGUCCAAGGAGGGCACGGCUCGCGGGGAGGUCAAGUUCAAGGCGCCUGGCGGAGACUACAGCUUCUCCCCUGCGGCUGGCAGGUCUCCCCACAGCACCCCCCACUAUGGAAGCCCCAUCAAUACAUUCACCGUGAGGCCCGGGACCCGCCAUCCUAUCUCCUAUGCCUACUCGGGGAACCACUGGAAAGCCCCAUCCUGAGCCCAGGGUGUUCUCAGCUCUACUCCAAGGGGUCAGAUCUGGACACUUGUUUUUUCGGGGGUGGGAGGGAUGCAACAGGUGUUAGACAGCCUGACUUAGACAAGACAGAGUCUUUGUUACCCGAACACAGAUGGACAACAAGUGAGAAGCCGUGGAAAGAUGAAGAGUGGGCUUCUGUUUCCCAAAGCGCUGGCGUGGCUGUGGACUGCAUGCGGGGAGGGGAGGGAGAAGGAGGGAGGAAAGGAGGAACCUUUAAGGGCCUGGAGCCUGAGUUUCCACUAUCUGGCACUGUUUGCAUUAGCAAGACUUAACUUCAAGCAGUUUUACAAGCAUGGCCUCCAGAACAGGUCCUAGAAGCCAGGGGUGGGGCACUAACUCUGAAUAGGAAUCCAUCCCAAUGCCUGUCAUUGUCUGUCCGGUGCUCCCUGAGGGCUGGGGCCCAGCUCCCUCUGGGUAGGGGUAUGGGGCACUACACACUGAGCCCCUUAACCUCCACCAGUCCACCGUUUGCCACCCCAGGAGGUGAUGCCUAGGGUCCUAGCAUAGAAGCCAUAUUGCAGCAGGCCAAGGAAGGUGCACACAUGAGCUGCGGAGCAGGUACUGGAACAGGGUUCUUUGCAUUGGCCAAGGGCAGGGCUAGCAGGGUUGAUGGCUUCUUUUCCCUGGCCCUGGCCCUCUCUACAGGGAAGCCUGGAGAGAGAUGAUCCAGGCAGCCAUGAUUUGGGGGAUUGGGCCCAAGGAGUCAGAAAGCCUGGGGAGCUGGACCCCAAUGCCUCAUAAGGCCAGAACCCAUUUGGGAUUUGGAGGGGGGCAUCCUACCCAACCACCCCUCCCAAUCCUGACACUACAGGUCCCCAAUAUUAUUGAGACUUCAAAAUGAGUAGUGAAGAUGCUGGAAGAUGGGGAGUGGGAGGCGGCAGAGGUGGGAAGUCCCAGACCCGAUUUUUUGGGAGCAGCCAAGGAAGGCUGGCUCAGGAAGGAGGAAGGGCAGGGAGUGGCCAACCUCAGAGGAACAUCAGGACAUCCAGGAAGCAGCACCCUGUGGGGGCACCACGUUGGACACUUAGGACUUGAGAUCAGCAGUCUAGAUACAGGGGUGGGGGCAGCAAGGAAGAGCCACUUCAGGGAAGGAGAGCCCAGGCCCCCUGAUGGUUCAGGAUCUGGUUACCUGUGUUCAAGAAGCGGACCUCACCGCAGAUCAGCACCGGCCCUGUGUGUAUGUAUGUAUUUUCCCUGUAUGAUGUUUUAUAAGUUCACUAACUUAUCUGCUGUGCGUGGGCUCCCAGCUGUAUAUUGCCCUGGACUAGGAGGGGAAGGACUGGCUGUCACUUGGCUUGGGAAAUAAACAGGCCAGUGGGGACUGGCCUCAGCUCUGUGGCUGUGG